GCCAGCAAAUGCUCUUAAGCUCACGCAUCCUAUGGUUGAGCUCAUCUACACUGGCCUUCAUCCAAUUCAUCUCCCUCACCCACUGAAUAAUCGACACCGCCGCAUCCUCCACCAUCUUCUUAUCGGUCGCCGCCAGCCCGGCUGCAGCACUGAUUGUGUUCCUCAUUUCAUAAGCAUAAUCCUCGAGGCUGUUCCUAGCAUUGACCCUCCUCCUGUAGUCAUCAUCCUCCCCCUGUGUCUCGCGGCAUCCCACACUAUCCUAUCAAUCUCCUCUUUCGACAACCUCCCUUAUUCAUUGGUUAUAGUGAUCCCGUUUGUUNCGUUUGUUCUGCCCGUCGACCUCUCUUUUGCCGAUACACUGAGUAUGCCGUUGGCGUCAAUUUUGAAGCACACGUCCACCAUUUGCACGCGCCUCGGGGUAGGUGGAAUUCCCUUCAGUAUGAACUGCGCGAGCAGGUUGUUGUCUGUUGACCUCGCCCGCUCGCCCUCG